UUACUGGCGCUUACAUGUUUGCUGUUCUGGUAUUUGACUAUCCCUACAUUGGAUGGAGCGCCUCAAGAAGGAAUUAUCCAACGGCUCUGUGGUUUACAACAGUACAACCCGAAUGAUCAGUUUUGCUGCUCAGAACAGCUGCAUGACCUUUACAAUGCAGGAGUGAAGCAGAAGUGCUGUGGAGGUAAUCUGUAUAUGGAACAUUUGGCCAUUUGCUGCGGCAGCAACAUAAUUGAAAAAAAAUCCCUGCUCCAGUACAGAAACCCAGAAUGCUGCAGAGGAAAAAUAUACAGCGACACAAACGCAUCUGAAGAUUUGAACAUACCAAAUUCUUGUUGUGGAGACCCAGAUGCCGGUGAGCCGUACAACAGUAAGAAAUACUACUGCUGUGGUAGUAUGUUGACACCACGGACUCCAAGAAUCAUUUUGGGCUGUUGUUGCGGACGGGCCUUUGAGCAGCGAAGAGCGACUUAUAAGCAGGAAUGCAAUAACUGUACAAUACAGAAGUAUUGGCAAAGUAAAUGCGGCGGCAAUUCCUACAACCCAGCCACCCACGUUUGUUGUGUUAAUGAAGGAUUUGUUGAGUUGAAGGCAGUUCCAGUUGAUGAGCUCUCUCCUCUGGAAGCUGCCCCGAAGUGGUUAUGUGUGGCAGGUCGGGUGAUCAAUGGUAACCUCCACUCCCCGGACAGGACAGGGCUUAACAUCAUACCUAUUGGCACGGACACUUGCAAUCAAGUUGUUUACGUCAAAAACAGUGGAAUUAUCUGCUGCAAAGAUAAACUAAGAAAAGUUGUAUCUGGUAGCGUCGAGUGUUGCCAGGCAACAGGAGAACUGUACGACACAAAUAUACAAAGCUGCUGUGCUGGUCAAGUGAUUCAGUUAAGUUCAUUUGGCUGCUGCAACAACGAAAUCUAUAAUAAAGCGGAUCAAAAUUGCUGCUAUGGAUUAAAGACAUUCAACAAAGAUAAACAAGUGUGUUGUAAACAUUCUUAUCCCCCGUCUGUAAGAGCCAAGAAUGAACAAGCUUGUGUCGAUGAAAACCUACAACCGAUCACAACAACACCACCAUCACUACCACCACCACCAGCAACAACAACAACAACAACAACAACACCACCAUCGAUGGAGAACCCUAAGAACGGCACACAGACGACAUGCCCAUUUUGCUCGGAGAGAAAAAGAAACAACACGAAAAUGGAAUUGUGCAUAAAACGAAGAGAAUACUCAAUUAUUCUCACGGACCUGGGAAUGUCUCAUACAAACAUGACACGACUGAAAGGAGUGGUCCUUUCUCCCAAGCGUCACAGAGGAGAGAGGGUUGAUGUGCAAUCCACAUACAAAUGCCAAUGUUUCGAAAAGGAAGCCUUGUACCUCAUAAACACUAACAAACGAAUGAAGCCAAUGCGUCACCAACAACUCACGCUUCGUUUGACGUCAAGGGACAAAAUGGUCCCUGAGACUAAACAGUCACCAUGUUUGAUAUAUAAAAACGCGGGGAAAAGGGAAGACUUUGUUAUAGACUUUUAAACGGAAUAUCAUAUCAUGACAUUCAUCGGUUUAGGACUUUUAUUUAAUUUAAAUUCGCACUUGUUUCCCAGUGUCAUUAAAUCAUGAACGUGAUGGCUCUAAAAAGGCAGCAAAUCUAUUAAACAGGGCAAACAUAAUAAAUAUCACACCUUCAACUUUCACACCGUCACGCUAUCAUCAUCUGGUACUUUGCACAAACACAUUUCCAUUAUAAAAGAGAAAGCAUGAAAGCACAUUUCCAUUAUAAAAGAGAAAGCAUGAAAGCACAUUUCCAUUAUAAAAGAGAAAGCAUGGAAACACAUUAAUUCACUUCGGAAAUUAAAGUUUAUUCUUUUGAAAUUAUGUACAAAACCAUUAUUCGGCCAAUACUUGAGUAUGCUGACUCCGUUUGGGAUAAUAUAUCCAUCGCAGGUCAAGAUGACCUGGAACAUAAACAAUUAGAAGCUGCUCGUAUAUUAACUUGAGCGACUCGGCUCGCAUUAUUUGAAAAUUUAUAUGCUGAAUCAUGCCUUGUGCAGCUCAAAACAAGACGUAGAAACAUUAACUGUGUCUCUUAUACAAAAUGCAUAAUUUCCAUCCUAAUGUUCUAGUUUAUUACCUUCAUCAGUAUCAGAAACUACAUCCUAUAGUCUCAGGAACUCUCCAUAGUUACGAAACCUCCAUCGCAAAUCGCAUCACUUUUCGCAAUCGUUUUUACCAUCAACAAUCUCUUUGUGGAAUGCGCUUCCAUCCUCCACAAGAGAAUCUAUAUCACUGCAAUCAUUUCAAUUUACGUCAAAUAAAAAUGCUUGUAAAGUACCUGCUCAUUUUUACCAAGGGUCUAGGGUCAAAAACAUUCAUCAUGGUCACCCUCAAAUGCAUUGCAGCAGGUUUGCAAACACAGUUGCCAUUCCUAGGGUCAGAACUUCCACAUAUAUGGCAAGAACUCAUUUGGUUUUGAGGCUGCCCACUUGUUGAACAACCUUCCAAAUGAAUUAAUACAAAUUUUUUUAUAAACAGCUGGUCAGGACCAAAAUGUGUUCCACGUGUUGUUUUAAAAAAACAAGGUAAAUAGUUUAAUAAGCUACUAGUGCUUUAAAUUCGUCAUUGAUACUAAUCUUGAUCUGUUUAAUGCGACCUGUUAUAAUUAUAUCAGUUAUAUUUUUUGUAAAAUUAACAUUUCAAUGAGCAAUAUGUAUCUUAAUUUUCAAUUUUUUUUUUUUUUUAACUGCUCAAAAAAUGAUUGUUUUGUUUUGUUUUGUUGUGUACUAGUAUGUGUAAAUGUCUUAGUUACAGAAUAUGCUUAGAAGCUUGACUUAAAUCUGUAUUCCAAUAUGUUGUUUUAGCAUGCUCAACUUCUUUCUAAAAGUGCAUCUUUCUUUUCAUUUGUCACAUUUUCCUCGUAUAUAUCUGUAAUACCAUGUGUUUGUGCUGAUUUUUGUAUUGUUUUGUUUUUAAAUCCGCCUUUGCAAUAAUAUUUUUUGCAUAGUUAGAUUUUAGCUAUAAAAAAUCUGAUUUUAAAAUCAGACAUAGGCAUUGUCGGAUUAAACUUGUAAUUAUAGUAUUAAUAAACAAAUACUCUUGUCAACGGUGGUAAAUUUAAUUUUCAAAUAUGUUUAUAAUGUUCUAUCUAUUUAGAAUAGAUGUAUCAUUUAAUAUGAUAUUAUUCUAAGUAUUAACAAUUUUUUUUAAUACUAUUUAACUUUAUUCUUAUUGUAAUGCACCUUUUUGUUAUCUUCCUUUCUUUGUUGCAUUAUUGAUAUGUUAUUUGAUUUGCAAUUUGUCGGGAAACAGGGGUAAACAGCUCUGGGAGCAAGUAUUAUAAUAUACAUAUGUAUAUCCGACGUAAACUACAUUUUCUCAUAUCUUGUUUCUUGUAGAACUCAUUCCUGAUAUCUCAUACUUACAAAUAUUGACUAUCAUGACUUCUUUGUGAUUAUUUGUCUAUUUGCUAUUAUUUGUGUUUUUGAACAUAUUGUAUUAUCAAAAUAAAUACUCAUUACUGGUUAAACCAACUAUCACGUUGUCGUAGGGAAAACCGGCAUUUACCUUCUCAUUAUUGGGAUUCUGUUAACGGUUAUCACUUAUAUUUAAAAGCGGAAUGCUUUUGAGAUGUCCAUUAGAACUGCACUUACAUUGUACAUGUUUAUUCCCAUCAAGUUUUUUCCAGUCUUCCACUAGCCUUAAAGCUGCACUCUCACAGAUUUACCAUUUUUCCAACUUUGUCCAAAAUUGAUGUUUUAUGGCUUAAGUUAAGUUAAGUUAUUAACGGUUUAAGAAAAAAACAUAAAAAUCAAAUUUUGAAGGGAAAUAUGACAAUCUGCGAUCUGAUAUUUUGUCAGCAGUCUUUUUACACUGGUUUGCAGAUAUUUACGCAAAAAAUUGCUCGUUCCAAGACAAAAAAUAAAGAAGUUGUCAAAACGUUCAAUCUGGGAGAUUGCAGCUUUAACAGGGUAGUUUCACAUCAACAUGUUGUUCUGAAAGCUGCCUGGAAAGGAAGAAAAUAAAAUCAAAAUGACGA